AUGUCGUGGCCACCUCUGAGAGAGCGCCUCUCUGAUCUCAUUUUUCCGGGCUAUAUGCUCUAUGGCAGUGCCUACUCCUUUCUUGCCACCGCGUUCGAUUUCUUCCUCAUCCAGCGACAAGCCCCUUCCGCAUCAAAUCUGCAGAGGGUGAGGGACGAAGCGUUUUCCAGGUUCUGGACGAGACGCACUGCUCCUGUCGAACCGGCUCCGCCACCGGCGGGACCUUCGGCGCUUAUCCCGCCCCUGCUGUCUCGGGCGCACGGCGUGGUCCUCGACAUAGGGCCCGGCUCGGGGUCUCAUGUCUCGUGUUUCGCCGACAACCCAAACAUCAGCGCCAUCUACGGCGCGGAACCGAGCGGGGGCCUGCAUGCACCGUUGCAAGCCCGGAUCGACCAGGCCAAACUUACGGAUGACUAUCACAUUCUCGGUUGCACGGCAGAGAAGAAAGCCCUGCUGAGUGCACUGGCGAAAGAAGGCGUCAGCCCGGCCGCAGACGGCCUCUUCGACACCAUUGUCAGUCUGCGUGUUCUCUGCUCUGUGCCGGAUCUCGACGAGACGGCGCGCGAUCUGUAUUCCCUCCUCCGCCCGGGCGGGGACUUGAUGGUGGUCGAGCAUGUCAGGAAUCCGUGGACCACCACCGGCAGUGUUCUGGCCAGAGCAAUGCAGAUCCUCUACCACGCGCUCGGCUGGAGGUUUUUCCUGGCUGGCUGCGAGAUGAGCCGGGAUAUCGCGGGAGUGUUGAAAAGUGCUGGAGACUGGGAGGCGGUCGACCUCAAGACCCAUUUCGAAUGGUCGGCACUGCCGCAUGUCUCGGGCACCCUGACGAAGAAGCGAUAG